ACCUCCCACCCCUCCUCCGCAGUUCCAUCCAACACCUGAACCGCUUCCCGCAUUCUCCGAUAUAUUCAGCUCCCCGCACUCCAACCCGCAGAAAGUAGUUCAAGGAGCUGUCUGCCAGUGACAGAGUUGUGAUAAAGCCAGCCGCGGAGUGGGCUGACUGAGGCGGUCUGAGACGAGCAGAGGCAGGCGGAGGGGGUGAAGGGAAGACUGCUCCAGGUGACCGAAUUGCAAUGGAGACGCGUGGCAUGCGUGAUUAGGAAACCUCGCCUCUGGGAGUACCGCUUCCCUCGGAUUAUAAAAGUGACGAGCCCGCAGAGCCGACCGGGGACUGCCUUUUGUUCAAUUCACUUAACGGAUUCUCUUCCCUUUUCCCUCAAAAACAAUGAAUGUAUCGCCCUCAGAGCGGAGGAAAGACAUGCGGCAGCUGGCUUUGGAGAUUGGCAUCCGAGUUCUGCUCUUCGGAGUUUUUGUGUUUACAGAGUUCCUGGAGCCCUUUGAGAGAGUUAUCCAGCCGGAGGAGCUUUGGCUCUACAGGAAUCCUCUGGUUGAGUCAGACCACAUCCCGAAAAGAGUCAUGUUCGCGAUUUCAUUCCUUACCCCUCUGGCAGUGAUAUUCGUGGUGAAGAUAAUUCAGAGGACGGACAAGACGGAGAUCAAGGAGGCCUGUUUAGCUGUUUCCCUGGCGCUCGCCUUAAAUGGAGUCUUCACAAACACUAUAAAGCUGAUCGUUGGCAGACCAAGGCCGGAUUACUUCCAGCGCUGCUUCCCGGACGGUCAGAUGAAUGCGAAGAUGCUGUGCACCGGGGAGCCGGAGUUGGUCUCUGAGGGACGCAAGAGCUUCCCCAGCAGCCAUUCCUCCUUUGCUUUCUCCGGACUUGGUUUCACCUCCUUCUACUUGGCAGGAAAGCUGCAGUGUUUCACAGAUGGUGGGCGCGGUCGCAGCUGGCGUCUCUGUGCCAUGGUCCUACCGCUGUACAGCGCCAUGAUGAUCGCACUGUCUAGGACGUGUGACUACAAGCACCACUGGCAAGAUGCGUUUGUCGGAGGAGUAAUCGGGUUGCUGUUUGCUUACAUCAGCUACCGCCAGCACUACCCGCCCUUCCUGCACAUGGACUGCCACCUGCCUUACGCCAGCCUGGCUGCUGCCAGCAAAGCCCCCCCGCCUCCCCAGGACGACCUGCAGCCAGUUGACAACGCCACCACCCUGCCUAUGGAGGGCUUGACCGAGGGGCCAGUAUGACUAAUGGCCCCCACCGAGACGACCUCCUCCACUCCCAUGAAGUCGCCAAGCCCGUCUCCCGCUUCCUAGAGAAUGACUGGCUCUUAUACAUUCCAGUGGACAAAAAAAAAAACAAAAAAAAAAAACACUUCAACCAUUUCCAAACAUCAAUAAUCUUUCUCAGUGACAUCUACAUUCUUUUUUAUCUGGUUUUUGCUCAGCUGCCGUUAAAGUUUAUAUUUAGAUGUAAGAGAGGAAAGUCAGGAUGUGGAACGUCUCCUCUGAGGAAGCAGAGAGAAAAACAUGCCGGAAAAACCUGGGGAUCUGUCAUAUUUGUGGCUGUGAGGGAUGAGAAAGAUGCUUCCAAUUUCUGCAGACACUUUUGCUUAAUGAGGGGCGUGGUUUUCAUUUCAUGCUGCACUAGAUUCAGUUUUAUCAUGGUGUGUUAAAGUUUGAUGCAACCUAUAAGUAAGAAACUCUAAAUUCCAAUUAAACCACAAACAAACUGGCCUAACUCCUGUCAGAAAACACAUGACAGUAACAGGAAAACAGUUUUGUCUUGAACGCAAGGCUAACUUACUGUGUGUUUAAUCAUUUUUGGUUACCCAUAGCAACAUAAUGAUAAACAUAGAACUGAUACAGCCGCGGAGAGACAGGCGUACGCGUCAAAAUAAAGUUCAAUAUCCCAUUACGUCCCGCUCGCCAGGGCUCACAUAACCUGCAUAUGUCUGCUCCCUUCAUAGUUUCUCCUCUCGUUCCAAAACCGAAUCUUGUUUUUCAUGCAAGCAGCUUUCCACACAUGUUCGCAGAGGUUCCACAGGGACAUGGACCCUCAAUGAGUGCAACCAGUUAUGAGCAAGUGGGAGUGGGCAUGCAGAAGUGUGCCGUGAUACGCACACACUCCAAUCUGGUCCUGCAUUAAUCCUCAUUAAGUGAGGUCAGCCGUGGCUUCUUAUGAGGAUAUUAGGACCAUACAAGACAGCUCCCAGAGAUUUGCAAAUGGCUUUUAGCUUGAUGCCCCCCCCCCCCUCCAACCCCACCCCCCAAAUAGACAAUCCAGCCUUAAGCACAAGCCGGAUGACAUCCUGCGACUUUGAUUUUGACGUAUCAUUUAUCCAUUAAAGCUCCAUUAUUUGCUAACACACGGAUGACACCAAAGAUGUAAAGCUAUUUUCCGGCUUAGGAAAUAGGUUUUAUCAACAGAUAUGGUAUCUAACAAGAUUACUGCCCCCUCCCCGACGCUUCCACGUUAUCUACAAACCUAUCUGUCGCCUCCUGCGGCUUGUUAGAAAUGAUGGAUCACUUUGUUGCCUUGGUUACUCGCUGUUUUUUUUUUUUUUUUUUUUUUUUUUGCCAUUGCAACAUUGAUGGGAAGGUGCAAUCUUAGGUCACCUCUAACCCAGCCUGAGGCAGUGUGGCCCAGAAGACACCCCAGACAACCAUGCCGUGUUUACACGCCAUCCAUCAUCAUCUUUGCAUAAUUUCCUGUUCAACGCGCUGAAACCUCAUGAUGUUUAUAUUAAUUUCUGUGGAGGAAAGUGAAGGCGUCUCAUCCAUUACCGGCAUAGCAAUGUAGAAAUUUGGAAAACAUUUUGCUUUUAGUUAAGUAAAUUUGCAUCUGACAAAAAAAACCCUCUAUUUGCACAUUACAAACAUCCGUGUUGUUAUUUAUGCUGAACAGAUGUGUAUAGAUAUAUUGAAAAAUCCUCGAAAA